AUGGCUUAUUUGCUAGAGACCCCAAAGUCCCGGCGUGAGCUCAAAGAGCUGAGUCUUUUUCACAAUACGCUACUUGCUGCUAUCAAGCAUUUCAACCAACGAGACAAUGAUAAUGGGGAUGUGUUAGUACAGAAUGCUUUUCGACGGCUUGUUAUUAUCGUCAUGAGCAGCACCAUGCAUCCCCGAUUGUUCGCAGAUAUUCUUGCGGUUAUCCGCCUUCUUCAGGCCAACGGCUAUCCGUAUAUUCAGAAAUCGAUGAUUAAGUUACUGGAGGAUUUGGUAGAAACCUACUUUGACCCGAUGGACCUACGACGCAUUAUUCUUCUACAGUUCAAAGAUUUACCUUUGGAUGGUCGGGGACAUUUGAAUUUGACAUAUGAUGCUUUCUGUCGGGAAUACUGGGUGAAGAAGUAUCCGAAAAGUUUGAACGAGAUCGAACGCCUAGAAGCUACUUACUCUUACAAUCAAGCAAGCUUCCCAAGAGCUGACCUGGGUGGAUUCUAUGACCAGUACAAAGGCAAGUCGCCUGAGUACAUUCUCUACAUAAUGUGGUGUAUUGAUCAACAUCUGGGGAUAUACAGUCACGAGACGUUUGUGAUGUGGCACACUGCAAUACGGUCGCUUGGUAGAGAAGGGAGAUACUUAGACAUGGAAUAUUUUGCGAGGAUACUGCUCCAACGUGUGAAUGAGCUACGACGAGACGGGUACGACUUCCGUCUGGAUCGGCAGUUAGCUAUCGAUGCUACGUUAACCUUCUGCUUGUUCGCGGAGAGUCAACAAGGGCUACGGUUCCCAAUAAAUGUCGCAGCGGCUUAUUCGUGGGCAGUUGAGGUAUCCAAGACGAUUGGUGACAACAAGACUUGGGAUCCUACGAGUGCGCAGGCGCUCGAGGGUCUAUUUGAGGCUAAUGAAAGACUUCGAGAUCCAAGGUUUGCGCGUGUCCAUGCGGGAGUAUUUGAUCAGGGGCUGUGA